UUCUCUUUCUCCGUCCAGUUUUAUGCAAAUGACGGCGGACGCGCAGGGAUCCGGGGGACAGCCCAGCACACUCCAAAAUGGCGAACCGCAACAAGGAUGUUGAGGAGGAGAUUUAUGACAAGGUCGUGGAUCUGACGGAGUACGCCAAGCGGCAGCGAUGGUGGAACCGCCUCUUCGGGAAGAACUCCGGGCCGGUAGCAGCCAAGUACUCCGUGGCCACCCAGAUCGCUAUAGGAGGAGCGAGCGGAUGGUGCGCAGGUUAUCUCUUCCAGAAGGUUGGAAAGGUCGCUGCCACAGCUGUAGGGGGAGGCCUUCUGUUGCUGCAGAUAGCCAAUAACAGCGGCUACAUCCAAGUGGACUGGAAGAGGGUGGAGAAGGACGUUAACAAAGCCAAGAAGCAGCUGAAGAAGGGAACGGAUCAAGCAGUCCCAGAGCUAAACACGUUUAUGGAAAAGUCCACAGAGUUUGUGAAGAAAAACGUGGUUAUCACCAGUGGCUUCGUGGGAGGAUUCCUGCUCGGCCUGGCGUCUUAGGGUGUGCCAAACGAGGAGUCUGUGUCCCCCUGCUGUUGAGCUAAAUGCUGAGUGUUGGGGAUGUUGCAGGGAUUUCUGAGGUUGUGGCAGCAAGCAGCCAGUUUGAGUUAAGCUUUCGGGUACAUGUUCUUCUUAAACUGCGCCUCCUUUUAUCCCCACAGCUGUACAACCGCAUGAUAUAUACUGUCGGCAGGAAAUGUUUAGGGUACAUGUUGGGCUAAAUGUCAUCUCUGUAGCCUGAUUAUGCUAUAUCACAAAGACGAAGCGCAUAAAGGUGUUCUAAAUGUUAUUUUCUAUUUAUUUGAACCAAACUGAAUUUGUUCCAGAAGGAAAACAUGUGCACUAUUAUUGCCAGGCACUUGGUAGCUAAUCACCUUUUUAAAUUUACUUUGACGUGCCAGAGGUUUCAAUCAAUGCCAGUGUUGUGAUUUUUAAAUUCAGACAUAAUGAUCUUUGUACCGGAAUCUUGUAUGUCACGGUUAAAUGCUGCUGGAUUGAGGAAAUUGAAUUGCCUUGUGAAAUGGGUUAUAGCUGCCACACUAGCAUCUCAUUUUUUAUAUAAAUAUAUUUUGUUGAGCAUAGAAUUAUUGCUGUGGGUGCUGGGAAACUGUGGAUUGCUUACUCUUCAAGAAAAUAAAUAUAAAUCUCAAAUGCG